UGCCAGGACUUGUCGGCUCAUCGAUUAGUUUUGAUCAAGGUCGUACUCAGUCCAGUAUGUUAGAACACGCUCUUUCGAACCUUGUUACUGUGAGUGUGAUAGCAAUAGUAUAAAUACAGAUAUGUGAUUUUUGUUAUUCUUUUCAUGCACGGACUUGAACCGUGCAACCUGACUUCAAGCAUAAUCGUGCAUUGUUUCGUCAUGGAAACCAAGUGCGAUGAAAAUUUGCCAUUAGACAAAGUAAACCAACCAAGUGAUUAUUCAUUGACACCUGUUGUGCCGAUUACAGCUUUUCCUUCUGUAACAAUAAGUCAUUCAGAACCUACAGGAACAGCACCUUGUUCUUCUGGAGGCGUACCAGAAUAUUCAGUUCUGACAGAGAAAGUGAAGUCUCAUACUGAAAGACUUGUUAAUGAAACUCCUUCUUACUUGAAACUUCAGGUUGACGGAAAAGUUUCAGAUGCAUCUCCAGUUUAUUUGGAAUUCGUUCCAGGGGAAAACAAAGAUCCUGUUUAUUUAAAAUCAAACUGUGACACCCAACUUACUGAUGUCGAAUCGCGCUACAACUACCAACAGUACACAAAUUUUGUGCACUCUCUUCAGACUCCCAGAAUGGCAUCAACUUUAGAUGACUUUGAAGUUAUUGGGACUAUUGGGACAGGCUCAUAUGGAACAUGCAAAAAGAUUCGUCGGAAAAAAGAUGGAAAGGUCAUGGUGUGGAAAGAAAUGGACUAUGGGGCAAUGUCCGAUGCUGAAAAGCAGUUACUUGUGUCCGAGGUAAACUUGCUGCGGGAACUAAAGCACAAACAUAUUGUGCGCUACUAUGAUCGUAUCAUUGAUCGCACUCAUGCUGUUAUCUACAUUUUGAUGGAGUACUGUCAGGGUGGAGAUUUAGCUACGCUCAUUUCACGAUGCCGCAAAGAAGGAACUCUUGUUGAGGAAGAUUUUGCCUGGAGGAUACUAAUACAAACCACUCUUGCAUUGAAAGAGUGCCACAGAAGGAAGAAUGGAAAGGCCAUACUGCACCGUGAUCUUAAACCAGCCAACAUAUUUCUGGACAAGCAUCAGAAUGUCAAGCUUGGGGACUUUGGUCUGGCCAGGGUCCUGCACCAUGACACUAGCUUUGCACAAACUUACGUUGGCACACCAUAUUAUAUGUCUCCAGAGCUUGUAAACAACAUGUCCUACAAUGAGAAGUCGGACAUCUGGGCCCUAGGAUGUGUGCUGUAUGAAAUGUGUUCUCUUCACCCACCUUUUACUGCCAAUAAUCAAACUGAGUUAAAUAGGAAGAUACGGAUAGGGGACUUUGCUCGUCUUCCUUCCAAAUACUCUAGUGAGCUUGACAAGAUCAUCAGGAAGAUGAUAAGAGUUGAGGUUUCGCAAAGACCAAGUAUUGAUGAGAUUCUUCUAGAUCCAGUAGUAUCUCACCAUUACCACUACUUGGGACACAGCCAGGUUCACCAGGUGCAAUCAUCAGGUUUCAUUGAGGGCACCAGCCCUGGAAGUAACACGAAUAAUUGCAACAAUAACAACAGUGAUCAUGGAGAGGCUGCUGAACAGAACAGAAGGAUUCAGAACCUGGAGGAAGAGUUCAAGACAAAGUGGAAGCAGUUGGAACUGAAAGAGAAGGAGUUGGAAAGUCGAGAACACAGUGUCACUCUCAGAGAAAAGCUUGCUGAAGAAAAAUUAAAAAGAGCUAUGAACCUUCUGGAGCACUACAGGAGACGCAGUGACAGCCUUUCUAGUGACAGGCGCCUCUAUUCAGAGUUGUCCUCGCCUCGUGAUGUAGUGCCGCUAGAUCUUGAUUCUUCAGACUCCCCUCAGUCCUGUCUGUCAAAGGGAGUGAAAGAUCCAGAGUCUCCUAAAAAGCGAGUAUCCUUUGACAUCUAUGGGAAGGAGAAUCUGCGUCAGAAAGCCAAGAUGGCAGACUAUCGAACAAAUGUAACAUACAAAUAUGACACAUACAGUGGUCAGCUAGGUAAAGGACAGUGCCUUCGACUGCUGUCAGCCAAAGAUGGCCUACUUGACCUGCAACAAAUAGGACUUGACAAAAGAUACAAUAAAAGAAACUUGCUGUAUUUCCGGUGAGAUAAUGAGCACAUGCAUACACUCCCUCACACUAAAGAUUGAUUCAUGGUGCAAGGAGAAGUUUGACUAUCGAAAAAACAUAAAGGUUUUUUGCUGGUAAGGCACAUUCAUUAAACGAUAAUCCACAUAUUCCAAUGGUUAUUGGGAUGUGAUCUAAAGUCUGUGAUUGAAGUAUAUAUUUUAGUUAUCUUAAAACUAUUAUUGGUUAUAAACUUUUCUUUAUGGUUUAAGCCUUAGUAAUAUUUAUCAAACAAUUGUGAUAUAAAAACUAUGUGUGUUCUUUAAAACAAGAAUACUACAGAAUAAACAAAUAUUUGGACAGUUUGCGAAAAAAAAAAAAAGUUUAUGGCAGCCUCUUCAUGACUAAUACAUUGUCACUUGUCUUCUACAUUUUAGAAAGUGCAUUUUAUAUGACAUAAUUAUUUUUAUGUGACAGAAGUAAAUUUUUGUAGGCAAAGGUUUUCAUUAUAGUGCCAUAAUAGCAUGGCUUAGUGGUUUGUGUGUGCAUUGUUAUAAACUGUAUUUAAGUAUAUUUUGUUUCCAUUGAAUGCUGAUUAAGUUUCAUUAAUCUAUUACAAAUUUACUGAAGAAGCCUGCGUGUAAUUUUUGGCAAAAUUUUGAAGCACUUAAAAUCUAUUUUUAAUCAUGCAUAUAAAAUUAAUUUAUUGGAUAUAUUUCAAUAGCAGUUCAGUAAAUUAGACACCAUGGCACAUUUAAAGGAUUAGCAAAGUGUGCUGCUGGCUGUCUGCUUCCUCUUGUGUAUUUCUUUAGAUAUAAAACAGCACCAGGACGUCUUAGCUAUAUCGUCUCCCUUUUUUUGCCUUUGUUACUACUUGUACAUUCAGCUGGGAUUUUGGCCAGUGAGUGCUGUCAAUUAUGCAUAUAUUGUAAUUACAUAAUUUUAUGGGGACAUCAGUUUUACUUAUCAUCCAGGACAUAAGCAGUUGACCAAUAGGGUUUAUGACAUACAUAGGUAAAAUGAAGUUGCAUCACACACUACAUGUUACCUAUGCACAUAUGAAGGCAUUAUUAAAGGAGUGCUAACAUUCAAAACUAUACAAUGAUCAAUUAAAAGUUUGUAUUCUAA